AGUUAUUUUCUUCUUUUUGACAAAAACAAAAAAAUACCCAUCGAAUGAUGCCGUUCAAGCGGCAAUCACCCCUUGCUUUCCGUAGGUACACUCUGAAGGUCGUUUGAGAUGUCAUCUCUUAAAAAGGGCAUACCGCGUUUGAGAUCGUUGUUGCGCAGCGUGGCAAACGAGAACCAUGACUUUCCUCUUUUCCCCCCGAAAACAGAAACCAUGAUGUGGAAACGCACUCCUAUGAAUCGAGAACGCGAGGCUGCUAUAUUGGUGCCCCUAGUAAGUUGCGAAGGCACGAUAUCACUCCUAUUCACAACGAGAUCCAGUCGCUUGCCUACACAUGCUUCGGAAGUGGCGUUUCCGGGAGGACAUCGCGACAAAAUGAACGAUGUUUCAUUGGAAGCGACAGCAAUCCGAGAAGCCCAAGAAGAACUUCUGGGAAAAUAUCCGUGGGAACAAGUGGAAAUUAUUGGGAGGGCUUCCCCGCUACCAUCACCGAGUGGGAUGCCGGUAACACCAGUUAUAGCGGUCCUCCCACACGACAUAGAUCCUGACACGUUCCCCGGCUGCCCGAGCGAAGUCGAGGACGUCUUUUGCGUGAGCCUGGAAGAGCUGCUCGAGGUGGAAACUUCGGAGUGGUCCAAAAGAUUCCAGAACAGUGCUCCUGUUUUCCAUGCGCUGAACGGGAAAAAAAUAUGGGGUUUGACCGCUAUUGUAACUAGGUAAAGUGAUCGUUCAGAACCUAUUGUCUUCAGAAAUGCUACGUCAGACAGGGACGCUAUCCUGAAUAGUCAGAAUCUAAACAACGAAUCUCCUGUUUUUGAAUCUACUAAUUUUUCUGACCAAAGGCCGUUGUUGCACAAACUUUUCAAGCCGACGUUUUUGGACUCGUGAUUUGCCCAAUAUUCCCUAUCUUCCUUCGAAUCCUUCCAUGGUGAAUGCCUUCAAAAUGUCUUCGCGGACUUUGAACCACAAAAAAUCGUGACUCUACAGUGCUCUGCGGUGUGAAAAGUCGGUAUGACGGAGAACCUCAGUUUUAUGCGACGUGUCGUUACAAUCCCUCGGCUGUGAUUGCUGUUUAAUGCCAUGUGCCUUGUUGAGGUAGUACUACUUUUGUAAUAGUAUAGAGACCAAUUCCAGACGCGCUGCAGUUUAUUGGAAAACUAGUAUAGCCCCAGGAGGAGUUGCGGAGUUGGCCAGCUAGCUCUGGGGGAAUAGCUCAAGUCUAUUGCAUCUACUCUUUCUAGUAGCUAUUAUUCCGACUUGUAAAUAUGUAAUGUAUGUAAUAAGUUCAUCUAAGUAAA